AUGGUUAAGCGGAGGUUGUAUGAUGACGAUGAUGGUGGUGGGGGCAGUGGGUCCCACCAAACGGCGCCGUCUUAUGGUUGUUUUGACGGCAAAAACGGAGAUGGAGGAGGGGCCGGCGACAUCAAGGCGGGCGCCAUGCCAUUAAUUCGCUACAAUUGUUGUAUUUCUCACAGUGAAACGUCCAAAUUACCCUCUCCGGUAACCGACCCAGCAACCCGGAUUCAAAUCGGAUUUCAUAAUAAAUUGAGGGGAAAAAAAAAUCCCCUUUGUCUUCUUCAAAUUGUGAAUCAUACAAAGAGUACUGUAAUUUCUGGUGUCGUCCAUGGCUUCCUUCUAAAUUUGAGGACACAAAAAGCAGUGUAGAAAAAAAAAAUGUCUGCGUAUGAAAAUGUCGUGGGAGGGAAGCUGAAGCUUAAGGGUAAGGCUCUGGAUGUGA